AUGUCGCCGCAAUCGUACCUGGACGCUCACCACGAGCAGCAUAAUGACAGUUCUAUAGCGACCACCAGCGCUACCAACGAGGCCUAUAAUAACAGCCUCCAACCAGAAGGAAGUGGCUCCGGGAUUACCGCAGAACAAGAACGAAGCAUGGGUCGUUUUGCUAUCCCAACGAGCUCAAGAUCUUCCAAAGACUCCACACUAAAGUCUUACAUCGACAUCGUCGUCGACUCACCCUAUUUGACCCUGAGAGGGACCGGUCCUGACGUCGAGGCGACUCACCUCACUGGUCAUGUCGUCCUCUUCCUUACAGAAGCCACAUCAAUGAAGGAGGUGUAUCUGGAGUUCAGAGGAAAGGCAAAGAUACCAGUUCCUGCCAGUGAAUCGCUAAUUGGCAACCCUUCCUCGAUGUUGGCAUACAACGUCUGCCACCACCGCUGGUCUUUCCUCGAACUUGGAACCGGUUCAAAACACGUGGGAACACGCACCCUGAAAGCUGGCCGACACAUCUUCCCUUUCUCCCUCGAAAUUGGCGGCUCCCUACCUUCAAGCAUCUCCACUCCCGUUCUUGGCGGUGCCUCCGUCUCCUACAAACUAUACGCCGAAGCUUCACGACCACACAAACUCAAUUUCCCAUUCUCAUCCAACCUGCACCACACCGUACCCAUCACCCUCAUCCGCUCCUUUGCUCAAACCGCCCUCGAAUACCAACAGACGCUGGAAAUUGAGAACACAUGGCCAGGCAAGCUCAUGUACUCGAUCGUCCUACCACACAAAGCAUGGGCGCAAGGAGACACACUUGGCGUGCUCGUCAAGUUCAGUCCGACCGUGAAAGGUGUUGGGGUGCACAGCAUCCUGACGAAUGUGGAAGAAAAAACGAGGAUCUACGCAAGGAGUGGGGAGCGGGAGGACAAGAGAGUCGUGGCAAGUGCCAGGCACGAAAUCGUGGAUGGGAAAAGAGCGGUGUUAGUUGAGGCGACGAACAAACCAGCUCUUUGGAUAGGCCACGCAGCACCGCCACGAAGUCCACCGCCCUUGUCUCCUGUUGAGGAGGUGGAACGGGCCCUACAGCGCGAACGGGAAGAGAGUCUUCGUGCGUCCUCUUCAUCGUCCGGUCUCCGAUCACAAGAUUCGUUCGACACUUCGUCCUUUGACUCUGACGAUGUUUCCCCAAUCGCACCGACCGAUAUUGUUACCACCCUCUCCCUCCCCCUACCCUCGAAUUCUACCGCCAUGAUUCCAUCCCAUGCUCUCGAACCAGUAACGGUCUCGCACCGCGUUCGCUGGGCGAUCUAUAUCACCAAUCCCGACGGCCACAUCAGCGAACUCCGCUGCUCACUCCCAAUCAUCAUCAUGGACGGCCGCCUGUUGAAUGAAACAAGGAUGUACACCGCAUUCACGAGGAGAUCCGUGCUGUCGCCUGAAGGCAUGCUGGCAGGUGCGAUGGGAGCAGGUGGUGUACCUGGAUGGGAGGGUGACAACUUGCCUGGAAGCGAGAGGGAGCCUGGGGUGGAUGUGCUUGACCUUGAUGUCGAAGACCAGGAACUCCCGAGUUACCAUGCGCACGUCAGGGAUCGCGUCGCCAACAUGUAUCUCCCGGAGUCGUCCACACUGAGGGUCACAAACCCUUGGGUUAUCAAUGGAACGUCGCCAACAUCGCCAAUGAAUUCAGCUGCCGUCUCGAGGAAUGGGGAGGCAUCGAUGUCGCUUAUGAGCUUGACGGGGUUCGAAGAGGCCUCGUCAGGCAUGGCAGGCCCCGUUCCCCCUUCCGACGCCGAUGAGGGAGCUGAGAUGGGGGAGAUCCCUUCUGGGGACGCUCCCCGCGGCGCUGCGAUGUCACGGCCUGCAUCCUCGAGUUUGGGCCUUCCUCUUUCACGGACACAUUCCCGUCAAGGGUCUCUGCCUUCAGCUACUCCAUCCUCCCUCGCCGGACAUCGGUCCUCCUUCUCCUCGAGUCGAUUCGGCCUUCCCGGUUCCCGACCAAGGUCAGGCUACAACACACCACUCGAGCCAGCUCACGUCAUGGCCCACCUCCCUCAUGCACCGGGAAGCGGUGACAAUACCCCGUUGGAUUGGGUCAAUUCAGAGUUGUUGCUGAGUCUGAGCGAUGAACCUGGGAGGCGGUUUGAGAGGGAGAUCGAGUUGUCGAGAGGUGCUAGUGGGGCACAGAGUCUAGUUCCCAGUCGUCCGUCUUCUCCUGUGCAGGGGCAGUCGAGUUCAAGCUCCAGCCGUCCAGCGACCAGCCAGGGCAAGAGUGGUCUUGGCGGGUUCUUGAAGGGUGCGAUUAAAGGUCUUGGAUUCACCAAGGCACAUCGAGACGAUAGCGAACAUCGUUACGGCCAACCCUCUUCGUCUUCCCAGUCUACUGGUCCUCCCCUACCGCCCACCAGCAACACCCGGCAGUCAAGGCCUUCGAGUUCGAACGUUAUGCGCAUGGUCGCCUCCGCGCCUGUCUCCCCGAGGUUGAGGCCGAUAGCACUCGUCAACCCGGCAUCCCACCUUCCACGAACAGGUUCUAGCUCGUCCAUAUCCUCAUCGGUCUCGCCUCGUACCCCUAUAACCCCAUUGUCCCGUCCGGCAUCGCCCAACCAUCUCCGUGACUGCCCCUACCAAGGCGAACAACCCUACUGCCGAGAGAAUCGAGAUGAACAUCUGUUGCAUCGAGCGUUUACUGAGGUGCCGGAUUACUCGGUCGCAGCGAGGGGUUUCAUUGGAGGUGUUGCGCCUUUGAGCAGUUUGCUUGGGUUGCCGAGCUACGAGGAGGCGGCGAGGGAUAGGGAUAGGGAGCAGAGGAGAGUUCAUAGCGGGUGA